AGUACAACUUACUACAAGUAGCUCCAUCAUAAGCAGUACUACAGAUACUCCUACCAUCAGUAGCUCUACUUCUAUUCCUACCACUAGAUUAACUAGUACAUUAGUGACAGGUACAGUGUAUGUUCAUUUGUGUAGUUAUAAUGUACUUUAUUGUAUACAUAGGUCCUUCAACUGCUUCAUCUCCACUAUCUUCAUCCAUUACUUUACCAUUCUUAACUUCUUCAUCUACAUCAAUAUCUUCUUCAUCCAUUACUUCACAAACUUCUUCAUCCAUAUCUUCUUUAUUUAUAGUCCUACCUUCGUUUAUAGCUUCUUCAUCUACCAUAAUCCCAACUUUAUCCAUAUCCUCUUCUUCAUCAAUUAUUCAAUUGGUUUCUGGGAUAUCAAUUGCACUACUAAUUAUAAUAAUUGUUGUUGUAGUAAUUGUAGUGGUAGCAGCAACAGUUCGAUUUAAAAAGAGAAGAGGAAGAAUGGAAGUGAUUAAUGACGUUACAUUACUGAAGAGUAAUGAAAAUAAUAAUCAAAGUUCACAAGAGCAAGAGCUAUCAUCAGUUAAUCCACAGUAUGAGAAUGUACAUCUACAAGUUCCACAAUCAGAACUAUCAAUGGAAGAAUGUGCUGCUUAUGGUGUAGUGGAGGGUACUAGAUUCCCACAGUAUGAGACUGUAGAUCUACCAUCUCCACAGUCAGAGGGAGACUAUGAACUACCAGGAAAAGAGUGUGCUGCUUAUGGUGUAGUAGAGAGUGCUGGAUUCCCACAGUAUGAGACUGUAACAUUAACAGUUCCUCAGUCGGAACUAUCAAUGGAAGAGUGUGCUGCUUAUGAUAUAGUAGAGGGUAAUAGAUUUUAGAGUUGAUGUAUGUACUGGACUAGAUUUGGUAAAU